GGACCUCAUUUUGUGUAACGCAGCGGUUCGCAGCUUGGAAACUGACAGGAGAGCUGCAAGUUGUUGACGUGUUUUGUUUCUGAAGUGCUUUAUUAUUAUUGCCAUUAUUUUUUGGUGUGGUGCAGACAGAAAUGGACGAACAGGGCUGUCCGAGAUGUAAAACAACUAAAUACAGAAACCCGUCGCUGAAGCUGAUGGUGAACGUCUGCGGCCACACGCUAUGCGAGAACUGCGUCGAGAUGCUGUUCGUUCGCGGCUCGGGCAACUGCGUGCAGUGCGACACGCCUUUGAGGAAGAGCAACUUCCGCGUGCAGCUCUUCGAAGACCCGACAGUAGAUAAGGAGGUGGAGAUUCGUAAGAAAGUGCUGAAGAUUUACAACAAGAGAGAUUUUGACUUCCCCAGCCUGAGAGAAUAUAACGAUUAUCUGGAGCAAGUGGAGGACAUAGUGUAUAACCUGACAAACAACGUUGACGUGGAGAACACCAAGCUGAGGAUGGAGCAGUACCAGAGAGAGAACAGAGAUGUCAUCCAGAGAAAUAAGGCCAAGCUUACGCGGGAGCAGGAAGAGCUGGAGGAGCUUCUGUUGCUGGAACAGCAGAGCAAUGAGCAGCGGCGACUGGAGGUGCUGCAGGAGGAACAGAGGCAACUACAGGCCAAGAGGAAGAACAAACAGGCUCUGCUGGACGAACUGGAGCAGUCUCAGCUUCCUGCCACCCUUUUACUCGCUCAACACAAAGUUCGCGCUGCCCAGCUUGAGACCCAGAUAGAGCAGCAGAAACAGGCUGUGAAGCCCACCAGUCUGUUUUCAACUGGAAUCCAUAUGCGGCAGACGGUGUCUCUCCAGCCUGUUAGCAAGAUAGAGGACGUUCUUUACCACUACAAACCCCUCCAAGUUGAAACCUAUGGACCCCCGGUGCCUGAACUGGAGCAGCUGGGCAGACUCGGGUAUCUGAAUCACGUGCGGGCCGCCGUGAUUCAGGACACAGCUGGAGGAUACACCUCAGCUUUGGCGUGUUAUCGCGCCAUCCAGGACGCGUUCAGUGGGCUGUUCCCUCUGAAAGGCUGAAGAAGCUGCUCCAGUUAGAAAUGUGACUGAAAAGACUUUAAAUAUUGCACUACUACCACUACGCUGCUGUGGGUGGGGAGUGCUCUGACUUGUAUGUAUGUUGUAUGUAACUUUUUUUUAUAUUUUGUGCAAACUUGAUUUUUAAAUAAAUGGCAAUGAACACUGA